GAAAAGCUUCUGUUGCUCUAGUUCUAAGGAAAUACUCGCCUUUUUCUCUAAAGUAAAGCUUUCUGCAGAAGACAAACUCUACAUAAGAAACAAGAAGUAAGACAAAACUACUUGACAAAAUGACUUCUUGUCAUGUUGCUGAAGAGCCUAUAAAAAGGGUUGCUAUCUUUGGAGGAACUCAUGGAAAUGAGCUAUCAGGAAUAUUUCUAGUUAAGCACUGGCUAGAGAAUGGCUCUGAGAUUCAGAGAACAGGACUGGAGGUAAACCCAUUUAUCACCAACCCAAGAGCAGUGAAGAAGUGUACCAGAUACAUUGACUGUGACCUGAAUCGAGUUUUUGACCUUGGAAAUCUUGGCAAAAAUACAUCAGAGGAUUUGCCAUAUGAAGUGAGAAGGGCUCAAGAAAUAAAUAAUUUAUUUGGUCCAAAAGAUUCCUAUGACAUUAUUUUUGAUCUUCACAACACUACUUCUAACAUGGGGUGUACUCUUAUUCUUGAAGAUUCCAAGAGUGACUUCUUAAUUCAGAUGUCUCAUUAUAUUAAGACUUCCUUGGCUCCAUUACCCUGCUACAUUUAUCUUAUUGAACAUCCUUCCCUCAAAUAUGCAACCACUCGUUCUAUAGCCAAGUUCCCUGUUGGUAUAGAAGUUGGGCCCCAGCCUCAAGGAGUUCUGAGAGCUGAUAUUUUGGAUCAGAUGAGAACAAUGAUUAAACAUGCUCUUGAUUUUAUAUAUAAUUUCAAUGAAGGAAAAGAAUUUCCUCCCUGUGCUAUUGAAGUCUAUAAAAUAAUAGAAAAAGUUGAUUAUCCCAGGAAUGAAAGUGGAGAAAUUACUGCUAUUAUCCACCCUAAUCUUCAGGAUCAAGACUGGAAGCCGUUGCAUCCUGGGGAUCCCGUGUUUUUAACUCUUGAUGGAAAGACUAUUCCAUUGGGUGGAGAUAGUACGGUAUACCCAGUAUUUGUAAAUGAGGCUGCCUAUUAUGAAAAGAAAGAAGCUUUUGCCAAAACAACCAAAUUAACACUCCAAGCAAAAAGUAUUCAUUGUUCUUCCCAUUAGAAAUUGCUUCUUACUCACUACUUUUGCUGUCUGUUGAAAAACUCUACUAGUUUUUAAGCUGCUUAUAAGCAGGAUUAUGCCUUAUUCAACUUUAUAUCCAGGAGCCGGAGCGAUAGCACAGCGGGUAGGGCGUUUGCCUUGGAUGCGGCCGACCCGGGUUCAAUCCCCAGCAUCCCAUAUGGUCCCCCAAGCACCGCCAGGAGUAAUUCCUGAGUGCAAAGCCAGGAGUAACCCCUGAGCAUUGCUGGGUGUGACCCAAAAAGCAAAAAACUAACUUUAUAUCCAUAGAACUUAGCCCCAGGCCUUUCACAAGUGGGCAUCCAGGUAAAUUUCUUUAAUAAAUGAAUAAAUUAGUGAGUGAGUAUAUUUAAAGAUAUCAUAUUUUAUGUAUUUAGUUUAUUCCAUAAGGUAUAUUUCUUACGUUUGUACAACUUUUAUACUUUAUAUUUUGAUAAAUUAACAUUCUUAAUAAGUAGUCUUUUAAUUCAAAUUAUUUAAAGAAUAAUUUGACCACAGAAUUAAAUAUCCAUGUUUACAAGUAAUGUAUAGAUGCUAAGAAACUAAUGGUGCAGACUUGUUAUUUUUCACUUGUAUGCUACUUUAUAUUUUAAUAGAUAAUUAUUAGGUGUCCAUUCUAUAAACUUUAUGUGAAAUUCAGAGAAGAUUUCCAAAUGUUCAUUGAAGAUGAAAUGUAAAUGAAAACUGUGGGUUCACUGUUAAGAUUACAUUAUGAGU